AUGCCGCUACCGUACACCCCUUAUAAGCUCGCGUCAGCAUCGCUGGUUGCACCAGCAUCCGUGCUAGGAUCCCGCAGUCAUGACGAAGGGACCAUCGCAGUCCCAACUCCACAACAUCCAGGUGUCGACAACGAACCAGAACCCAUCAAUGUAGCUAAUCACCACGCCGUGGAUGCUCGUCUAUAUUUCCCGUCCUCUUUCUCUGAUCACUUCGAUGGCGGCUUCGUUCUCGCGCGCGUCGUGGCCGGAGGUCGAGAGCUUCAGCUACGAUGGUCAACAUUACAGGACCAGAGUGCUGCUGCCUCUUCGUCGUCUAAAGCGCUCGCCACCAAGGCUCGAUCAUUCGCUGCCUCACUCAAUUCGAAGCUAGGGUCCGAGCCCGCUCGCUCUUUCCUUUUCCCUGCUCCGCUGCUUCCAGGUCUUGGAUUGUAUGCAGAUCCCUCCUCCAACCGCCUUUACGUCAUCGCGGUCACUACCACAGGCUUCCUCUACCGCCUCGUCUUCAGGGCUCCGGAUCUAUUCCAUGAGACAAAGCUAGCAUCCAGCUGGUCCUCAGAGUACCGAAUUCAGCACAUCGCAUCUUCAGACUCUGUUCUCGCCGCUUCCAUUCGAGGCGCUGCCAAUGCGGCUCAGCUCUACGUCGUCGACUCUGGCCUCGCUCUUGUCACCUGCGCUGAUGGCACCAUCGUCAAGCUCAGUCGUAGCAGUUCCGGAUCUAGAGACGUCAACGACAAUGCAUGGAAGGAAACUGUAUUGCGGCCGACCUCGUUCCUCUCUGGCGUCUCCCGCUUCUUUGGACGAUCCAACGCGAUCUCCGACUCAGAGUCUUCACCAAGCUAUGCCCUUUCUCUCGACGUCUACCCGGGUGAGGUCGGCAACGCCUUGGCGUUUGCCGCCAGCCGCGAUCGCAAACUCAGAGUAUGGAACCUUGUAACCGACUCUUGCAUCCGCACCAUUGACCUUCCCCUGCAGAUGGAGUCGGUUGCAUCUAGUGAGAAGCGGUUGGUCGUCGCCGAAGACCAAACUACAUCUUCCGAGUCGUCAGACACACAAGCAUACUUCAGCACGGUCUCGAGACCUCUCGUCAAGGUGUUCACACCUGGUUCCGAGGACAAAGAUGGCUACGCCCUUUACAUUUUGGUCUACAUACCCGCUUCGCCUCCUUCUGGUAAUUUCUUUGCACUGUAUGGAGUUGAGCUUGAGGACGUCAAGAGCUCUUCUGCCGGCCUCGGCGAGGUGAUCCUUGUGUGGCAAAAACGCUGCGAUGCUGAAGCACGCGGUCGUAACGUCGAGCUGCGGGAUGUUGUCUUCACACCUCAGGGCCAGGACGACCGAGGCGACGGUUGGGUGAUGUGGGCGCUUUGGGACGCCGGAGCCGGGCCGGUGCUCAAGUAUGCGAAAGUUGGCGUCGAGGCUGCCAAUCCUGACGAGAGCUCCAUGAGUGUUCGUUCCGUCGCUGAAGAUCUCUCCAAAGAUGACUGGCGGACCGUCUCAUCGGAACGUGUAUACCGGCCCUUACAUGGGGAAAACUUCGAGGCGACGCUGGAAGCGACAAAAGAGGUGAUCGAUGCUGCCGAAAUCUUCCUGGAUCGCGUUCUUGAGCCCGGUCGCUUCUCCGAAUCUACGUUGCGACUCGCGCUCUCGACCUACAAAGAGGCGGCGGCGUCAUCCUCGACUCGUCAGCCUUCCAACCUGUAUGCAAGUCUUCGUGACGAGGCCGCUUCCGUGGUCGCAAGCGGAUGCCAGCUCGAGAACGAUCCCAGAACGGGCGGGCCAAUGUACGAAAAGCUGUAUGCUUCACGCAUUCGAGAAUGGAUGCGCUUUGUCGGUCUCGCCGAGCAGAUCGAGACAUCGGCGCGAUGGCCAAUCGGCCUGUCACUCCCAGCUUCUGGCGUACACACCGGGGCUCUCCGAGGAGGGACGAUCGUACCGUUGGUCGUCAGCCGCGACACCUUGGCGCUACCAGUCAAUGAAGAUGAGGCCAGCAUCGUGGAGCGAUUGCAACGGACCCUGUUCCUUUCACCCAACAGUCAAUCUGGCCACUCGAUCGGCUCCGAAUCAGCACAUGACGAGCGCACUCUACUGAUGCACGCAGCAGACUCGCACCCAACUAAGAUCCUACCUACGCUCGGUCGAACAUCCGCCACGGUGGCCGAAGUGCUCACUUUGCUCGAAUCCACCUCGGAGCUCUCCAGCUGCUUCACUGCUCCCGAGUUGGAGGCUUUCGCAGCCGGUCUUCAAAAUCUGCUGUCUGAGCCUCUCGCUGUUUCGGUCAAGGAGGCCAUCGCCGAUGUGUGGGCCAACAACUUCGCGGCGCUUGGUGGCGAAGAGGCCGUCGAGAUUGUCGCCCGAACCGCCUCUGAGCUGGGCGCCAGUCUGGACAGCACACUCACAGACGUUGCUAUCCUGCUCAGCGAAGUCGCCAGCGACGUCGACACUCUGUCUUCAUCCUCAACGUUAGCAUCCACAGACCUCGGAUCUGCAUGGACGGCAGAUGCACUUGUGCAGACAUUGGCGUCGCGCCAUCGUCUCGCCGUCUCCUUCAUGCUUCUUCUGACAGCGCUUGCCGCGGAAGAUAGAAUGGCCGACUUGGUCGGCAACGAAAGCAUGCAAAUCGCUGCUGCGCUCAGCAUCUUCCAGUCCAUCAGCGCUGCUUUGCAGCUAGCGCGUACCGAUGGAGCCAUCCAAGUGGCCGGCAAAGCCGAUGGCAUCGCCGAGACGGACUCCAUUGUUGCUAGGCUCAAUCAAAUGUCAGUUGCCGGACGCAAGAGUCGGGAGCCGCACCACUUUGCAGCGCCCACGCUACUUCACAGAUGCAUUCGUGACGAGCUGCUCGGCGUCGGCAGCGCAUCUGCGGGUGACGACACGCUCAGCCUAUCGAUCAAAUUCGCUGUGCUCACAAGUCUCUGGUCGCUGGGUCUCACGAACCUUCGCGAAGCAUCGCCCUCUGGGAGCAAGCCGUUGUUGCCGUACUCGAACGACCGACACACUUCGAUUGCUUUUGCAGUGCUAGUGCAUGGCUAUCCGCUGGCUGCUGAGAUGCUGCUUUCCAGCUUUCCCGAAACUGCAGCUGGAGAGUAUGUCCGGGCCCGCGCACUUGUCCAGAUGCAGAGGCUAGAGGAUGCGAGCGCAUCCUUCGUGAAAGUUGACAGCGCGCUCGAGUUGCCCAACAACUCACGCAGCCGUGCUGCCAGCGGUCUCUUAGAGCUUCUCCCCUCUGCAGUCGUUGUGACGGAGGGAGAAGAGCGGAUUGCAGCUUAUUACCGCCACGUCGCACUCUUCUUCGAGCCUUUCGAGGCGAUCGAACAGGUGAUCCGCUUCUGUCAAGCCAGCAUCGAUGCUAUUGGAACCUAUGCGGACGGCAAAGAAACCUCGAGCGGUGCAGAGGCAGAAAAGCAGAAGACAUCUGGACCGAAGGAGGUCUGGUUCAAGAUUUUCCGCUGCCAGCUUGCACUCAAUGACUUUGAGGCUGCUUACGCUACUGUGAUGGCGACACCGUACGAAGGUGUUCGAAAGGAUUGCCUGCGUCACCUGGUCAGUGUCAUGUGCGAUGAGGGCCACAUUCAGCCUCUGCUUCACUUCACUUUCCCGGGCUUGCAGAGCGAGGUGGAGAAGACUCUAUCCUUCAAAGCGCGCAACUCGGAUCCUUUGGCAGUGCCCAACUACUACUCGGUGCUCUACUCGUACCACGUGUUCCGAGGCGACCUCAAGUCGGCGGGUGCGGUCAUGUAUCAGCAUGCCGAACGACUGGGCGAGCUGCAUCGAUCAGGACCUGCGGGCUACAAUGGCAUCGAUCCCCUGGAGCGUUUUAUGGUCGUCGCAGUGGAACAGGCGCAGAGCUAUCUUGCGUCCAUCAACGCUUUGACCAUGCUGAAGCACGAAAACGCUUGGUUUGCACACGCAGCCGAUUCUGAAGGUGCACAGCUCGUUGACGGCGCCGAAUCGCUCUUCGGCCCGAGUUCAUCGGAGCGUGCUGGCGCUGCAGCAGGAAAGCAAGCAAGUAGCCUCACAAGAUACAUCCCGUCCUUGGCCUACAGUCAACGAGUGCGCGAGAUUCGUGUGGUUUCUGUCGACGACGUACGUCGAGAGUAUACACUUGCCCUGGCGCGACUUGAACUGGUCAAGCGAUAUCCGGAUCUGGCGUACUCGACUACGGUGUUACGACCCUCAGAUGCGGUCCUCCUCUUUGUCAACAGCGACUCUUUCGAUUCAGCUUUCAACAUGGCAUGGAGCCUAGGUGUCGACAUGUCACCUAUCUUCUCUGCACUCACCAUGAAGGCGGUCGCACUGUCGCGUGCCAAGAAGAAAAGCUACGCAACCAAGAUCAAACCCGCCGACGAGGCCGUUAACGGCAACGGCGACAAGAAGCAGGUUGUUGACCACCCAGAGAUCGCUGAGUUGGAGGAAGCGGAUGAGGAUUUAUUGGAGCCGGAAGCGAUGUUCCUGACACUAUCAGAAAAGUCGGCAAGCUGGGAAGGACGAGCUGCGGAGCGAGCAUGGCGAUACAUACGAUACCAUUUGGAAAUGUACGACUCGGAAGAGGACGGCAAAUACUAUCGAGUAGUACUUGGGCGUGCGUCGUCGUUGGACCACACAGCGAUGCCAAACUGGUUGACGGAUUGGUUUAAUCGAACGGAUAACAGCGUUGUACUGCUUCGUCUUUGGAUCGACAAUGAGCUGAUUGUCGAGGCUGCUCACUUGGCAACCAAAUGGUUGCAGGAUGCUACCAAGCAAGCAACCUCAUUGACGCGCGCGAACGAGCAGUAUAUCUCGAAUCAUAUCAUCGACACGCUGCUGGUCAACCUGGAUGAGAAGACAGGUACUGUCGUGGCAUCUAGAAGGGAAGAAGCGGGAAAGGCGAAGGCAGAGCUUGAGCAAGCUCGUAAGAAGCACAUUGAUGCUCUUGCAUCCCGAUCCAGGACGCUCAAGCGACAGGCUGAGCAGGACGCUUUCAGGCAAGAAAAGCGUCGUGAACAGCAGCAAGGCGACUCAUUCGGAAGGUCUGGCACUGGCCUUGGAGCUUAUUAG